AUGGAGGGAGUUAUUCAGCAGAAGGUUCUACAGGUUGCCAAGCAGGUGGAGAGCCAGUUGGACGCUGAGAUUGAGGCCCUCGAGAAUUUGGAUAUCGAUGACAUCGAGAGAUUGAGGGAGAAGAGGCUCCAGGAGAUGAAGAAGGCACAUCAGCAGAAACAGGAGUGGAUAGCUGCUGGACAUGGGGAGUAUACGGAAAUCCCUGAUGAGAAGGAAUUCUUUGAUGUUUCGAAAAAGUCUAAAAAUAUUGUUUGUUUAUUCUACAAAGACGGAUCACCGAGGUGUAAAAUUGCUGACAAACAUCUCCACAUUCUUGCCAAGAAACAUGUGGAGGCGAGGUUCUGUAAAUUGAACGUAGAGAGGUGUCCAUUUUUAACAGAGCGUUUGAGAAUCAAAAUAAUUCCCACGAUCGCCCUCAUCUCAGACAGCAAGACAAAAGACUACAUCGUUGGCUUCACAGACCUGGGGAACUGCGAUGAUUUCUCCACAGAGAUGAUGGAGUGGAGAAUUGCCCAGUCUGGAGCGAUAUCGUACACUGGGGAUCUGUUGAAUCCACCAGAGAAGGGAAAGAAGCCCUCGAAUCUGCUCUUUGGAAACAAAAAAUCGAAGACAAUUCGGGGGGGUAGAAAUUCUGAUGACAGUGACUCUGACAACGAGUAAUCUCUUCCCGCUGAAUUGUUCUAAUUAUUCUCAAGCACUUUGAAUUUUUCAUUUUUUUACCAUUUGCACUCGUAAAUUAUAAAUAAGUAAAACCCACUGGAAACUUCCCAUUCACAAGAUUUAAUAAAAAUACUGUAUUAAUUAUAUUCUAAGAAUAAAUACUAUUUUGGUUUUGAUCAGAA